GAAUUUGGAAGACGUGAGCAUCGCUCCCAUUCUAAAUGGUCAAGCCUCCACUGUUCUCCCAUAUCAUAGAUUCGAAUCUGCUCCUCAGAACAUUCCAAAAUCCCCGCCACAAAACCCAUCAUAAAUGCGAAUCAAACCCUAAAAAUUCUCAGACUCGUCCAAUUUCCACCAGCCUUUAUAAAUCCCUCUCUCUCGGCUCUUCCCAAAAAAAAAAACCACCCUUGAACACCACAAUCGCCAGCUCCAACCUCCGCAACUUCCUCUCUUGACUCUCCUCUCCACCUUUCGCCUCCAACGUUCUCUCUCCGGCGCUCCGUUCGGCCUCCGCCGAAAAACCCUUUUGGCCGGAGGCGGGGCGGGCUCGGGGGAGGCGAGUUUGGAAUUUGGGGAUUUCUGGGUGUUUAAGAUUUUGGGCGGUGGGUAGUCGGAAAUGGCCAUGGCGGUGGCGUCGCCGAGGAAGUCCCUGAAUGCGGUGUUCCAGAGAGUUGGGGGGUGCUAUGGGUACGGAAUGGACCAGAACCAUUCCUUGGAUGAUGAGCGAAUGGUCGAAGAAGAGGAGGCGAACAUGGAGUUGUUGGAGAUGGGGGCGGAGAGGACCAAGAAUGUGUUGAUCUUGAUGAGUGAUACGGGAGGUGGGCACAGGGCUUCUGCCGAGGCAAUUCGUGAUGCGUUUCGAUUGGAAUUUGGGGAUGAGUACAAGAUAUUUGUGAAAGAUGUUUGGAAAGAGUACACCGGCUGGCCAUUGAACGAUAUGGAGAGACAAUACAAGUUCAUGGUGAAACAUGUCCAGCUUUGGAAGGUUGCAUUCCACAGUACGUCGCCACGGUGGAUCCACAGCUUCUAUCUCGCUGCAAUUGCUGCCUUCUAUGCCAAGGAGGUGGAGGCUGGUUUGAUGGAGUACAGGCCAGACAUUAUCAUUAGUGUCCAUCCUCUAAUGCAACACAUUCCCUUAUGGGUUCUCAAAUGGCAGGGUCUUCAGAAAAAAGUAAUCUUUGUUACAGUCAUUACAGACCUCAAUUCUUGCCAUCCCACAUGGUCAGUUAAUGAACCUAUUUUGAGUUUUUUUUUUUUUUGUCAUUUUAUCUGUAGUCCAUUUUUAGCUCAUUUUAGAUUUGACUGUAUUAGGUUUCACCCUGGGGUAAACAGAUGCUACUGCCCCUCACAGGAAGUAGCCAAGAAGGCUUUACUUGAUGGCUUAGUGCCUUCUCAAAUCCAAGUAUUUGGCUUGCCCAUUCGACCUUCUUUUGCUCGCGCAGUCCUCUCUAAGGACGAUUUAAGGAUAGAGCUUGAGAUGGACCCAGUGUUGCCUGCAGUUCUACUGAUGGGAGGAGGCGAAGGAAUGGGUCCUGUUGCGAAAACUGCAAAGGCCCUGGGAGCAUCAUUGUUUGAUGAAGAACUUGGGAAACCCAUUGGCCAACUGGUUGUUAUAUGUGGUCGUAACAAAUCCCUAGUCUCAUCUCUUGAAUCCAGUGAAUGGAAGAUCCCUGUUAAGGUAAGAGGCUUCGAGACUCAAAUGGAAAAAUGGAUGGGAGCUUGCGACUGCAUAAUUACAAAGGCCGGACCAGGUACAAUUGCAGAGGCAUUGAUUAGGGGGCUCCCCAUUAUCCUCAAUGACUACAUUCCUGGACAAGAAAAGGGUAAUGUCCCUUACGUGGUAGACAACGGGGCAGGUGUUUUUACUCGAAGUUCAAAAGAAACAGCCAGGCUUGUGGCCGAAUGGUUCAGCACCAAGACAGAAGAACUCAAGCGAAUGUCAGAGAAUGCGCUCAAACUAGCACAACCUGAUGCAGUUUUCGACAUUGUGAAGGAUCUUCAUGAACUUGCAGGCCAGCGCAGCCCUCUUGCCAAAGUCCCCUACACGUUGACAUCGUCAUUCACCAGCCUGAUCUAAUAUUUCGACAGGACCAAGUCUAAGGGUUGUCCUUAAUAGAAUGCCGUGUACAGCUAGCUUUAAUAGUGUCAUUCUUUGCUUUCAUCUUCAGAGGUUUAGUUGCCUAAAGUAAGCUGUAAUUUAUUUGCUGAAGAAGCAAAAGCUGUAAUGUUCUAAAGGGAUGGAGCUUGUUUAGCCCACCAAGGUGGGCUCAGCAAUUAGGGCAGACAAAGGUUGAAAGAGAUCCUAAGUUUGAUUUUCCUCUGUGUCUCCUUGACUUGCCUGGGUUGGAGGGGGGCGGGUCGGAGGUUGUUUUGGGGUCGUCAUUUGGAGAAGGAUAAUGUGUUGUAUUUUUUCGGGUUGCAGCUUUACAUUCUUUUGUGGUCACAAAUGAACUCAGUUUGUUGUUGAGCAUCAAA